GUCACCUGCUUCAACCAAACUUCCCCAAACCCCAAAUCACAAUUCAACACAAAUUAGAUCUCCCCCACCGGCCAACCACCACUCCGAUUCCGCCGCCGCCGCCGCCGCCCCAACCCCAGAAAUGGAGGGCGGAAGCAUCCUGGAAACGAUCGGCCACGAAAUCAUCGGCGUGAUGUCGCCGGUCUCAAUCUGCAUGCUCCUCGUCGUCCUCCUCGUCUACUCCGUGUACAACCCCUCCUCCGCCGCCGCCUCCGCCACCACCAUCCGCACCGCCGCCAAUUUAGUCUACCUCGAGUCGCCGAGCGACUCCACCGCGCAGAAGCUCGAGGGCGCGGUCCUGAACGCCGUCGUUUUCGUGGUCUUCCUAACCCUAGUCACCUUCCUCCUCCUCCUCCUCUACUACUACCGCUUCAACAAUUUCCUCCUCUACUACACCCGCUUCUCCGUUUUCACCAUCUUCUCCACCAUGGGCAGCUCCAUACUCAUCUCCAUCGUACAGAGGUUCAACAUUCCAAUCGACGCCGUCACUUUCUACGUCCUGCUGUUCAAUUUCACCGUCUUGGGCACGAUUUCCGUUUUCUCAAACGGAAUCCCGAUCAUCGUGAAGCAGAGCAACAUGGUGGUUUUGGGAAUUAUCGUGGCUGCCUGGUUCACGCGAUUGCCCGAAUGGACUACUUGGGUUGUUUUGGUGGCACUGGCAUUGUACGAUUUAGCGGCGGUCUUGGCUCCGGGCGGUCCGUUGAAGCUGCUAGUUGAAUUGGCUUCGACUAGAGAUGAAGAGCUGCCUGCAUUGAUUUACGAGUCGAGACCGAAUAUAGGGAGGAAUUCCGCAGCUAGGGAUUCAAGUUUAGGGCUUUUCGUUGCAGCAGGACUCGGUAUGUCUACUGAUAAUAACAAUAAUAACAAUAGUAAUAGCGGUUCGGUAGAGUUACAAGACAUGUUGAGGAAUGGUGAUAGCAACAACGGAAACGAGGCUCGAGGAGGGGGAGAUUCAGUCAUUUCAGUAGAGGAAGAUGGAGGGGAGACUUCACCUUUGAUGCAAAGGCGAUUAAACGACACCACUGAUUAUAAUAAUAAUUCGGAUAAUAAUGGAAGGGUUUUGCGAGGGGAUCAGACGGAAGAGGUGGAGAUGGAAGAAGUGAAUUCGAGGGGGAUAAAGCUUGGAAUGGGGGAUUUUAUAUUCUACAGUGUACUCGUGGGAAGGGCGGCAAUGUACGAUCUGAUGACCGUUUAUGCUUGUUAUCUUGCGAUUAUAUCGGGACUUGGUUGUACUCUGAUAUUGUUGGCUGUUUGCCGUCAUGCAUUGCCAGCGCUUCCUAUUUCGAUUACUCUUGGGGUCGUAUUUUACUUCUUGACGAGAUUGUUGAUGGAGCCGUUUGUGGUGGGGUGUUCUACUAAUUUAAUGAUGUUCUAGUACAGCGCAUUUGAUUUAGUGAAAAAUGGAUUUUGUGGAUUUGGGAAUGUAGAUAAACUUGUAUGCACCGCAACGAGUGCUGUUUGAAAAUGGGGUUUUAAACUGCUCCCAAGACAGCUUAUGAUCCAUUUUAGCUUAUGAUCCAUUUCGUACAGGAAUGAGUCGAAUGACGAGUGAAUUCUUUGCAUCGCAGGUCUGAUUUUGUUGUUUACAGCUUACAAAUAAUGAUCUGCGUGUAAUUUAUUGCUAGAGAGGUGAAACGGAACUCUGUUUUCUUGAUUCCAGUUUCACUUUUUGUAGCUUUUAUGUUCUUAUACACUACUUGGUGAGAAUUCGAAGUGCUGACUUCCAUUAACAGUAGUUUACGGUUUUGGCUUUAGUAAGAAUCGUAAGUGAAAAGGAAGUCUAUUUAUCUUCCUUUUGUGAGGGUGUUGCCUGUUGAAUUAUCUAUACAUAACCAUGGUGCCUGUUUGAUGUAUUGGUUCGCCCUUUUUUGAUGUGAUUGUGGAAGUAGAAUUGUGUACUUUGUA